AUGGGAACCAAUAAGGAGCGUAUCGAGCAGUUGGAGGUCGGGCUUGGUGGAGUGCAGGAUGGGCUACAUAGGAUGGAGCUCGGCAUGACCGAUAGGCUUCGUCAGAUGGAAGAAACUCUCAAUCGCCUUUCCAAUGUCUUGCUUGCCAACCAAGAAGUUCCUAAUCACCAUCAAGAAGGCCACGACGGGGGACGAGAGGCCAACCAAUGGUGGCAAUGGAUCCGCAGAACAUUCCAAGAAGAAGGGCGCGCUCUCUCAUGGGAAAAUUUUGAAGAUGAACUCUGGGCUCGCUUUGGGCCUUCGGAGUGCGAAGAUUUUGACGAAGCCCUUUCAAGGAUUAAACAGUCGGGUUCCUUGCGUGAAUACCAGCGGGAAUUCGAACGCUUGGGCAAUCGAGUUAGAGGCUGGACACAAAAGGCGCUGAUCGGAACAUUUAUGGGUGGUUUACGAACUGACAUCUCAGACGGGAUUCGCAUGUUUAAACCACAAACGUUGAAAGAGGCCAUCAGCUUCGCACGCAUGAGAGAUGACCAGCUGGCAAGACAACGGAGAUUCAUAAGAUCUCCACCUCCAGUGCGGGGCCCCCUAGCGCUUCCGCCACUAAACCGAACAGCGCCAACAGCACCUGUGGCCCUAGUUCGACGUCUAAGUUGGGAAGAGAUGCAGCGAAAACGACUUCAAGGCCUAUGCUUCAACUGUAAUGAACGAUUUACUGCAGGACAUAAAUGUCAAGGGCCCCGGAUUCUUAUGUUGGAAGGAGACGAUGAAGAUGCAAACGUUAUCUGUGAUGGUGAAAAUGAAGAACCAACCGGAGAGGAGAUCCACGAAGGGCCUAUCGAUCCAACAAUUACGUUGCAUGCAUUAACAGGUUGGACAGCACCCAAGACCAUGCGAGUGGCUGCCAGAAUCGGUGCACACAACGUCAUUACGCUAGUCGAUAGUGGGUCAACUCACAAUUUUAUUAGUGAGCGUAUGGCCAACCUACUUCGAUUACCAGUGAUACCAACUAAAACCUUCACUGUGCGGGUAGCUAAUGGCGAGAAUCUUAAAUGCCACGGGAGGUUCGAUCAGGUACCAGUAAAUUUGCAAGGCAUCAAAUUCUCAUUAACUCUAUAUGCUCUACCACUCACAGGAUUGGAUCUAGUUCUGGGAAUUCAAUGGCUUGAACUACUCGGGUCAGUGGUGUGCAACUGGAAAAAGAUGACCAUGGAAUUUUCUUGGGGGAACCAGACCAGACUAUUGGUGGGAAUCGAUGGCCAAGAUAUUCAAGCGGCAACUCUUAAAGAAUUAUCCAAAGGUGUUUGCCCAGGCCAUACCAUAUUUGCUAUGUGCAUGCAGGUCACCAAUAAAGAAACCCAAAACCAGAUACACCCGAGCAUGCAAGCUGUGCUACAAGAAUUUUCGGAUGUCUUCACAGAACCGUCGAGCUUACCUCAUGUCCGUGAAAUUGAUCACAGCAUUCCAUUGAGAGAGGGAACCGAACCAGUAAAUGUGCGGCCAUACCGCUAUGCGCAUUAUCAAAAAGAUGAGAUUGAAAAACAGGUCCAAGAAAUGCUAAACUCAGGACUUGUUCAACCAAGUACUAGCCCAUUUUCAUCGCCGGUAUUAUUGGUCAAGAAAAAAGAUGGCAAUUGGCGUUUUUGUACAGAUUAUCGCGCACUCAACGCAGCAACAAUUAAAGAUCGAUUCCCAAUCCCCACUGUUGAAGACAUGCUAGAUGAACUCUAUGGUGCCACGUAUUUUACCAAGCUCGAUUUACGGGCUGGGUACCAUCAGGUACGAGUAAAUCCUCUUGAUAUUCCUAAGACUGCUUUCCGAACGCAUAAUGGACAUUACGAGUACUUGGUUAUGCCAUUUGGCUUAUGUAAUGCACCAUCUACAUUUCAAGCCGUUAUGAAUUCCAUUUUUCGUCCUCAUCUUAGAAAAUUUAUCUUAGUUUUCUUUGAUGACAUAUUGAUCUAUAGCCCUAAUUGGGGUGCACACUUAGAGCAUGUCAGGCAAGCCUUAGAAAUAUUGAGGCAACAUCAAUUCUUUGCCAAGGCAAGUAAAUGCGCCUUUGGGCUACAGGAAAUGGAAUAUUUGGGGCAUAUUGUUACCAACCAAGGAGUCGAGGUGGACAAAAAUAAAAUAGCAGCAAUGGUGGCAUGGCCACGACCUACUAAUAUUUCAGAUCUACGUGGAUUUUUAGGCCUGACAGGGUACUACCGAAAGUUCGUCCAAAAUUAUGGCAUUAUAGCUCGGCCACUUACCAACCUCCUCAAGAAAGGCCAGUUCGGGUGGACCGAAGAAGCUGAGACUGCCUUCCUUGCACUUAAGCAGGCCAUGACAUCAACCCCUACAUUAGCAAUGCCCAACUUCAACGACUCCUUCACCAUUGAGACAGAUGCCUCCGGCGACGGAAUUGGAGCUCGGGUCGCCACACCAGAACAACAAAAAUGGGUAGCAAAGCUUCUCGGAUAUGACUAUGAAAUACUGUAUCGCCCUGGACGUGAAAAUUCAGCUGCAGAUGCACUAUCCCGUAAACAGGGCAGUCCUAUUCUUCACGGAAUUUUCAUUCCGCAAGCCAGUUUAUGGGAAGAAAUCAAGCAAGCCGCAGCGACAGAUCCGUACGUCAAUUCAAAGGGUCGUUUGGCAACUGACCAACCCAACGGACCAUACAAAUGGCGUCACGGGCUACUUCUCUUCAAAGACAAAGUUGUCAUUCCAGAUGACAGAGCCCUACGCGAGAAACUGCUGCAUGAGAUUCAUGAUACCAAGAUGGGCGGACACUCCGGCGUUUUACGCACAUGCAAACGAUUGAGGCAGCAGUUCUAUUGGCCCGGCAUGCAUAAAUCACUCCAAGAAUACAUCAAAGCGUGCGAGGUAUGUCAAAAGGUCAAAACCGAAACACUAAAUCCUGCAGGACUCCUUCAGCCAUUGCCCAUUCCCUGUAGAGUGUGGGACGACAUCUCCUUAGAUUUUAUCGAAGGUCUGCCAAUCUCCCAAGGCAAAGACACAAUUAUGGUGGUUGUCGACAGGCUGAGUAAAUCAGCGCAUUUCCUUACAUUGACCCAUCCAUUUACUGCUAAAACCGUGGCAGAUAAAUUUGUAGAAGGAAUUGUCAAACUCCACGGAAUGCCCCAGUCCGUGAUUAGUGACCGAGAUCCAAUUUUCAUUAGUAAAUUUUGGCAAGAAUUUUUUAAAAUGUCAGGUACUAAAUUGCAGCUCAGUUCCGCAUACCACCCACAGACCGACGGACAAACGGAGGUAGUCAAUCGCUGCCUUGAACAAUACCUGCGAUGUUUCGUGCACCAGUGGCCCCGCAAAUGGAGUUCUUAUUUACCUUGGGCAGAAUAUUGGUACAAUACCACCUAUCAUAGUUCUACAGGGAUGACUCCAUUCCAGGCACUAUAUGGCAGGCUGCCUCCUGCCAUCCCAUCGUAUACAGAAGGACUAUCCCCAGUUCACGAAGUCGACCAACAACUACUCAAUCGAGAUGAAAUACUCCAACAACUCAAGAGUAACUUGGCCAGCUCAAUUAAUCGAAUGAAGCAAAUUGCAGACACCAAGCGGAGGGCUAUUUCGUUCGACGUCGGCGAACGGGUUUUGUUGAAGCUACACCCUUACCGUCAACAAACAGCUUUCAAACGGGCCCAUCAGAAAUUAGCUACUCGUUUUUACGGGCCCUACGAAAUCUUACAGAAAUGUGGACCAGUGGCGUACAAAUUAAAAUUGCCGGAAGGCUCACGCAUUCAUCCAGUGUUUCAUGUAUCGCUACUUAAACAAUACAGGGAGCAUGACGGCCAUAAAGAGCCAACGCCGUUGCCACCCAUCUCAGAUGAAGGAAUUAUUGAACUCGAACCACAAGCAAUUCUGGACACUCGCUGGAUCAAGCAUGGAGGACAGCUUCUUGAAGAAAGCUUAGUGCAAAGGAAGCAUUUGCCCACGGAAGAAGCCACCUGGGAACCCACUACGGCAUUACUAGACAAAUUCUCGCAUACCAUCCUUGAGGACAAGGAUCCGCUGGUUGGGGGGAGUACUGAUAAGCCACGUCGUUCAUCAAGAGUCCAUAAACCAAAUCCCAAAUAUUUGGGAUGA